CACUCGAUAACGAUAGCCCACGACAAGGGAAAACGGCAUUUAAUUUUCUUUUGGAGUUUGGAACAAACAAAUUUAUAGCAGUUGAAAUAUAAUUUUUUACGAAAAUACUCAAAUUUUACUUAUCAGGAUGCCGGUCAUCGAGUUACGUGUGGACCGCAACUUGCUCUGCAAUAACUUCAAGGGGUACAAGAUCUCAUUCGACCCGGUGCCGAUUUUGCGCGAGGAUUUGCAUUCGACGCCGGCGACCAUGCACCUCGUUAGAGACCAAUACUCACGGCUCCAUAACGAGCUGUUUGCCCGUCAAAACCUUUUGUACGCGGACCCGUGGAUCCGCCAUAACACCUACUUCAUAAACUCGGGCCACCAGGUAAUGCAGUGCAUGUACGAUCCGGAGAUCGGACGUUCCCUUGGUCUUCGUGUUGUAUACACUAUUGAGAACUACGACCACGGCGACGGCCACGAACAGCAGCCUGGCGACUACAACUACUCGAUGUGCUUUAUCUCAGAGCGCUUCUGUGUUAUCUGUGACGGCAUUACCACCUACCAUUUGCUGGACACCGGCGAUCGCUCUCGCCCCACCGCCGAAAAAUGGAAACUGGUCACCCGCGCGCCGGUGGACAGGGAGAGCGGCGUGCGCGGCUACAUCAUGUACAAUGCCCGCCUAGAUGUGGUGCAGGAGCGCAAGCAGAUUUCUGUUGUGGCCGGCCGCAUCUUCCGUCGCGAAGCAGGUGCGGCACGCGUCUCACAGGAGGGAAUGCAAUAUAUGGAAAUCGUUUGGGGCCACUGGAUCUUUAACAUAUUUAGCAACGAAUGGGAAUAUUCGAUCCGCGAGCGACUGGAAACAACAGGAACCCUGCAAUAUUGCGCCUUCGAACCGCGGGGCGAGAGUCUGAUCAUAGCAACCAAUCGCAAGGUCGAGACACGCGCACAACGCGAAGCGGCCGAUGCCGCCGCACUAGCUGCAGCCCCCGCUCCUGUUCCCACUGCGCCGCCUGAGGAGGCCCAGAACGGUCACGACGUAACCAUUAGAGAAGAUGCCGAGGAUGCAAGUGGCAAGGUAACCCACACCUUUGAUCAGACAAAUAACGAGGUGAUAGUCCGCUUUCCUCUGCCUGAGAACGCCACCCGUGACGACAUUACAAUUCGCCUUACAUCUACCACUCUCGAUGUAAUGUACUUGGAGCAGGUGCUGCUGGCGGGUGAACUAUACUUGCCCGUCCACACUGAACCCAUGGUUUGGCUGGUGGAGGAAAGUGCUCUCCAUUUGACACUGGCCAAGCAGACGCAGCAUCUGAGAUGGCCACAGGUGCUAAAGCAGGACGAUGCUGAAGAUGACGACGAAAGUGCGGCACCGUUGAAUGCUUCUGCGCUGCCCAUACCCAAUCUGGUGGAUCCCAUUGAGGAUUGCGACCUGGGUAACAUGGAUGAUGGCAACCACAUCGUGCGUUUCAACCUGCCCACAAACAAAAUUACGCAUACCAUCUUCCUGGCCGAACAGCCGUUGCUCUUCGUCACCGAUGUACGCCCGGGAUUUCCGCCAGCCUUCGCAACUCGGGAAGGCGUGGACGCAUCCGUGUGGCUGCAGGUAUACCAGCCUACCCGGCCGGAUGAGUGGGAUGUACGCCACGUGGGCCAGUUGCCCGCCCUCGGCUAUGUACAGGCCUCAAAGCUGAAUCGCAAGUUCACCGCUUGCUGCGACGAGUUCAAGUACUGCGUUAUAUGUGAGUCCAGGCGUAAUGUGCUCAUCUACCACUCCCGCCACGAAUCCGCCGAGGGUCUGCGCAAGCGCAACGGUGGGCCCGUCGUCAUAGGCAAACAGAAAGUCGUCAACAUCGAAUUUGAGCACGGCGAGAUCAUGGGCGUCGCCGCUGCAAGCAAUGUUAUAAUCAUUUUAACAGAAUACGCCCUGAUGCAUCUGCAAUUGUGAGUCUUAUAUUUUGACGACUACUCCAUUUUCAGUACGUUUAAAUUUCAUCUCGAGUGGACUAGAAAAAAUGCCUUGGAUUUACUAUAUUUAAGUAGUAAACGCGACAACUUUGUGAAUACAAGAACCACUCGUAAUAUAUACAAAUGUA